UAUUAAUAUAAUUAGUGUUUACUUCGCAUGCACACUUCAAACUUCGAGCUUCUGUUUCAGGAAAAGCUUUUGUUGUUUUAUUACAAAAUUUUCGACUGAUUUUCGCGUCGACCAAUUUUCGCGUCGACCAAUUUUCGUAUCGAUCAAUUUUCGUUCAAUCAUUUUUCAUUCGACCAUUUUUCGUUCGACCAAUUUUCGUAGACCCGUUUCACAGUAAUAUCAAAAAAAAACAUGAGAAUUUUUAUUUGUUUUUUUUUUAGUGUUAUUCUUGGUACAACAGCAGAACAAUUAAUUAUAAUGCAUCAUCAUGGUAAUACAAUAGAAAUUAUUUCAUUAUCAACACAAUCAAUUAAACAAUUAAUUUAUUCAUGUAAUAAAUUUUAUCCUAAAGCACCAGAUAAUAAUGCAACAAAAUUUGUCAAUGAUGAUUAUAUGCUUGUCGGUAGUCUUGAAAAUGAACAAAUACUUUUUCUUAAUAAUUAUCAAGAUCAAUCAUCGAUUGUUGUUGAUACUAAACUUCAAAAUAUUAAAAUUGAUUGGUCAUCAUCUGGAGAAAUACUUGCUAUUGGUGGACAUAAACGUUUAAAGGAUAUUAAUUAUACGAAUCAAAUUAUAAUUUAUACUCGUCGAGGAGAAAUUUUAUGUCGUGUUUAUAUUCCACAAACCGUUUAUCGUUCAACAACAAAAGGUUCUUUACCAGAACGAAAAACUCUAUGUUCAUUUCCACGUUAUCCAUUAAAAUCUCAUCUUUGUUUACAAUAUACAAUGAAACGUAUUGAUAAUAAAAUAGAAAACUCAUCAACAAAAAAUAAUUUAUCGGGAGCUAUUUAUAUUUUAUCUUUAGAAUUUCUUGGUGAUCUUAUAUCAUUAUUAACAGCAAAACGUAUAUCAAAAAUUUGUCCAGAUUUUAUUACAUAUGAUUCACAAAUAAAAACAAAUGAUUUAUCAUCAUCAUUAUCAAAAAUAAAUUCAAGUAAUCCAAAUUCGAUAUACGUGUAUGCAACUGAAACAGAUGUUAAUAGUGAUAAUGAUGAUUUAACACUAAUAAAAAGUAAUUCAAAUUAUAAUACUGAAUACAAUUCAGCUGAAGAAGAUAAUCAUAAUCUAAAUGUUUUACAAGAAAAAAAAACAAUUAAAAAUAAAUAUACAAAUAAAUUAUGUACAAUUGCAGCUAAUAUUUGGGGUCCACGUUUUAAAUUUUAUAGUCAUUCAAAUUCUUUACGAGAAACCUUAUAUAGUUUUACUUAUCAAACAUCAUUUUUACAUUUACAACCUCGAUAA